AUGCCCCACAGCUCUGACAGCAGUGACUCCAGCAGCUUCAGCCAGUCCCCUCCUCCCAGCAAGCAGGACUCCUCCGACGAUAUGAGGAAAGUCCAGAGGAGAGAGAAGAAUCGCAUCGCUGCCCAGAAGAGCCGCCUGAGGCAGACCCAGAAAGCAGACACGCUGCACUUGGAGAGCGAAGACCUGGAGAGGCAGAACGCUGCCCUGCGCCGGGAGAUCAAGCAGCUGACGGAGGAGAUGAAGCACUUUGCCUCCAUGCUGAGCUCCCACGAGCCGCUCUGCUCCAUCCUGACAUCACCCCCGCCACCUCCAGAAGUGCUUUACGCCACACACUCCUUCCACCAGCCCCACAUCAGCUCCCCACGCUUCCAGCAUUGAGCCAGCCAGUGGGACGGCAGCCUGCUGGCUCCACCGAUGGCAAGAAGCAACUUCGUGGGGCUCGCUUUUCCAUCCAAG